AUGAUUUACUCCUUUAAGUUUGCUGCUUUCUUGAUCGCAUUUGCACAGAUAUCAUGUGUUUCGUCUUUUGUGCGAGAAGGACAUCUUGAUCUGGACGGUUACGUAAGUAAUUCUUGUUCUUUACGUGAAAAACUUCUUUAGUAAUAGAAUUCUAUGUUCUUCUGUAUGAUUUCCUUUCAUCAACUUUUCUGAAAUGAUUCGACUGCACAUGCAGUUCUUUCAUCGUAAUAGAUUCCUUUUUGCAGAAUUUUGCUUUCCUUGCAAGCUUCUGUGGCAACUACACCGGACCAGCUGUUCAGUAUAAUUUUUCAUAUCCCAAGGUAAACAAAUUAAGCCAACCAUUAAUUAAACAUUCACUUGACUCUUAAAAACAUUGAAGUGCGGCGAAAGUGUCUUCAGUGAACGAUAUCGAGUUCAUUGACAACUGUGUUUUCUCUGAUCAUUUGAUUUAUGUCACCCUUACUACUUUUACAUCAGCAAAUUCUUAAUUUUAAUAAUAUUUUUACUCAAAGAGGAAGGGCCACAGGGUUAUAUCAACCGCUUCAUCUGUGGAAAUAACAAACAAAACGCAAAUAAAUACCUUAUUAGUUCGUGAGUCCGGAAAUAUGACCAACUACGGUUUCGCGACUGUUUCAUAGGCAUGAAAAUGUAAAUUUGCGUGCAAAACUCAACAAAUAUAUUUUUUUUAUUUGGGUAAAACCUACUUUGAGAUUAUUCUGAAGAUAAGGUCACACAAAAUUUUACGUUUUGGGAGUUUCGUGCUAUCUUCGGCAAGAUAAACCCUCUUAAAAACAUCGACCUUCAAAUUCGUGCCUGUUCAGUAGAAACGCACGAGUUACUAUUUAUUUAAUUCGCGGAUUUAGACGACUCAAACUUAGGCCUGGUGUUGUUUAGCUUCGUAGCCAGUUCCAUUCUUUUAUUUUUCAGAUAAAUUGUUGUAUCAGCUUUUUGAGUUACUUUGAGGACCAAUGGUGGAAAAUAUGGCCACGACCUGAACUGGUUUGUUUCUCACUAAAAUAUUAAAAACCUUUAAGAUAAAUGGAUAAACACUGGAUAAUUAUCCGCAUCUAAUAUGACUGGAUCUGAAGCGAACAAUUAGUUCAUCGGGAGUAGUUCUUUCAGCUUGAUUAAUUUGAGUAAAUCGUACAUUUUUCGAAUCUCAUUACAGAGAUUUAUAGGGGUAAGUUUCUAAAGAAACUGUGGUGCUGCGUCGGUGGGAGAGUAUAGCAGGUAAUUUAGUGUUGACAACUGGGUUGAAAACGUAAAUUAGCCACCGUAAAGGGUAAAAAAGCUGACGUUUCGAGCGUUAGCCCUUCGUCAGAGCGAUUGACGAAGGGCUAACGCUCGAAACGUCAGCUUUUUUGCCCUUUACGGUGGCUAAUUUACGUUUUCAACCCAGUUGUCAACACUAAAUUACAGAGAUUUAUAGACACGUUCACACGGAAAGCAAAUUUCGUUAGAAGAUUUUAGCACUAGUUAGCUGCUUUUCAGAUGUUCACCUCUGAGUUUCCAGAAGGAAAACGCACACCACUAUGAUCACCAGCGGUUCUUUUUGGGUAACUUGUAUAUUGUUUGAGUAUCAGAGAGAUAAGGAGUCAUGUUUAUGUAUUUAGUAAAUAACAAGAGCCUAUAAGUUUUGCUGUCUGUCUUUCAGCCGUUAUUAAACUUAAGUUCAAAUGUCGUAAAAAAAUGUUGUAACUGCUUUUCCGCAAGUUUCUAACGGGAUUGAACUAAGUUUAAAAGUCAUAAAAAAAGUACCCUAUGUUGUUAUCCUCUGCUAUAGACGGUUUUCUUGAACUAAAUAUGGCCUGUGAACACAAUCACAAUUUUCGGCCUUUGUCUUCACUCUCAGCGUGGGAGACAAAAAGCCGGAAAUUUGAAGCCUAUGCGUUCGUAAGCUCUACGUGAUGCUUUUGAAUCUAUUAUGAAUAGGAGAGGUGCCUGUUGGAUACGUGGAUUAACAGAAAAGUAGAUUAAACGAAACUAGAGAUCAAUUUUGCUACUCGAAUUAGCGGUAAACAAUUUUCUAACGUAUCUAAUAACAGUUGCGCCUCAACCAUUUAGACCUGUAUCAGGCUUGAUGUUCUAAGAUCUUUGAGCACCUAAACGGCACGAAGGAAAGAUUAACAAUUUCUCUGUUUAGGUUACACCGAAAUAAAGAGGUAUUCAUUACAAAAUAUUAUAAGGAAUUCAACUAAAUCGCAUUGGCCUCUGAUUUUGAGUUUACACGUUCCAGUUGCGGCAACGAAACCUAACUACAUUUCCUUGUGGAUACUAUUAUUUCGCCCCGGCUUCAUUAAUGUUCAUUCGACCAGAAUCCAAUUAUAUCGCUUUCUAGAGCUCUUUUCUUCAGCCGGUUGAGAUUUUCAGUCCAAAACGUUUAGCUGUCAUAGGAGGAAUAGGUACGACUUCUCAGACACUCUUUGCGCGGGUCGGCUUGAUUUUACCUUACAAAUUCUGAGUAAAGACUGUACAUGAUUCACAUAAAGCAAUUGUUUUAUCUAGUUCUAAAACUGUCCAUUGUGUCGCAGGAUUGCAACGAGAAAGUAAACAGUUUGGACCCGAAUGGAAGUCAGGUUGUUAAUCUGACCACAAACAACUCUCGCGCAGGUUGUCAUCUUGUCCCGUCUGAAACUAAUUCCCUGGUUAUGUCUUGUAGAGGUAGCGCAAGAAUUUUGUUGCUUAACUUAAUUUGAACUACGUACUUUAGGCUUCUAGAGACGAAAAAGAGGGCAUGCGAAAAAUUGGCAAGUAAGUAGCUGCACGGCGACUGAAGUCACAUUCAGGAAAAAGGCUGUCAGAGAGUUUUCACUUUCCUUUUGGGUCUGUCUACUUGCCAUCUUGUGCGUUUGCCUUGUCGCUUGCCUCUGCCGACUGUGAGCCUGAAACAGACUAAUUCUGUUCACUGAUUCGGGUUCACUGUAAGUAACCCCUACUCUCAUGUUGAUUACGUCUUUCCUUGCUCAAAUUCAGCACCCGAAAUAAGCCUGAUUUUGAUACGGUCGGGCCUUGAUCAUUCGGACUCGUGGGGAAUGGGCUUAAUAGUACGGAUAAUCGAGCGUACAUAUAAUCGAAAAUAUGAACAUAAAUGUUCGUAGAUAAUGGGACCAGGAAGAAAGUCUAGAUAAUGAAAAAAUCCGGAUAAUCGAGGUCCGGAAAAUCUAGUUUGACUGUUAUACUAAUUCUGAUGUUUUUGACACUAGGUUAUCUGAUGUAUGAAGUAAGCACUGAAGAACCCUCAACGCGGAAGUGUUGGUAUCUAGCAGUCUCUAACUGUUAUUCUGCCAAAAAGGUAAAACUAUCUUUUGAGGGUUCACCUACACUUGAGCAGAAAAGGUUACGUUCGGACAACUCCACCGCUCUGGACCUCUUACUUUCGGCUGCUAUUCUAUCUCUUUGAGGGCGCCCUAGUGACCUUGUCCAAGAUAUUUCGCCCUCUGCAAAACGAAACAUUUUGAUUGCUCCUAAAGUGAAUGUCUAAACUGACAUAUAAGCUGAGCCUGCAUAAUUGACACAAAAUCCAGCGGUAUUUACGAAUGACACACACUUUUUCUUCGACUUAAACCUAUUUAUUAUUUCUCUAUUAAUUAAAAUGAUUAUGAAAACAAAGCUUACAAACUAAUCCGAAGAGACGCUUACUUUGAAUGAAUAUAUAAAUAUGCAUUAUUGAUCAUUUAUAUUAUCCUUUCUACUCAAUUAGGAAUUAAAGCUGGAUUAUUCUCUCAAUAUAACUGGUAUGUAUAUUUGGAAUAUACCUGUUUUAAUGCAUUGCAUUGUGAUUUAUAUAUGAUAAUGCUUAAUGUAAAUUAAACAACAUCACUUGACGAAUUCAUCCGUGGACGUGACAGGACUUUAAUUUGAAUUUUCAUUCCCUUAACCGACACGCAAGGAAAGGCUCCAAGGAUCUAUAGAAGGGAAGUUAGUGUAGCCAUGUUUUACUGCGACGUAAAUAUAGGAAUUGAGCUUUUGCCAAACUAGCACAUGCUUGUAUGGAAAACAUCAUUUGACGAAUUCAUCAGUGGACGUGACAGGACUUUGAUUUGACCUAACAUCCACUUAACUGACACGCAAGGAAAGCCGGGCUCCAUAGAUCUAAGAAGGGAAGUUGGUGUAGUCUUACCGCAACGUAAAUAGAGCAAUUGAGCUUUUGCCAAACUAGCACAUGCUUGUAUGGAAAACAUCAUUUGACGAAUUCAUCCGUGGGCGUGACAGGACUUUGAUUUGACCUUACAUCCACUUAACCGACACGCAAAGCAAGGCUCCAUAAAUCUGUAGAAGGGAAAUUAGUGUAGUCAUGUUUUACUGCGACGUAAAUAUAGCAAUUGGCAAUUGAGCUUUUGCCAAACUAGCACAUGCUUGUAUGGGCACAAAUCAACAAAGCCACAAAUGAACUUAAGUUACUUAAGUUAUUGUGUUUCAUUUUGCGUCUAUUGAUGUCUUGUUGUUUAGUUUCAAAGUACGCACACUUAAAGAGAAUCUUUCAACGUGCUUUGCAGGAGCGGCACCAAACAAGGCAACAGCCACGUUUCACCGACUAAGCUUGUUGUGUGACCUGCUUUUAAACUGUUUUUUGACCAUGUGGGUGUCUUGCACAUCAACCGCUCACUGACGGACAUUUUGUCGCAGAAACGGGGAUGCAGUCUUCUCGUGGUUUCAAUUGCAUUGUUAAAUUUGACAAAAAUACAAUAAAUGCCUC